GGAAAACAGACAGUCUGCGCUCCGCUCCACGCCCCCAGCAGGCAGAUCCGUGUCUGCUCCGCACCAAGUCCUGGAAAAUAUCCUGCGGAGCCACGUAAACGGCAUUUGUUUCAUUAUAUAACCGGCGAGAGACAAAACUGCAACAGAGUAUCAGUGCUGACCAAGAGAUGUCCUGCAUGCAGAAUAUGAGCACCUUAUCUCCCCACCGAGCCCCGUAACCAAUGGCAACCUCAGUCCAGACUCUUCCUCUGACCCGUGGCCCCAACAAAAACUUCCGUCACCCUUUCCCAAAUCCGCCCCUCUCCUCCCGUUGCGGCAUGGGAAGCGUCGGCAGUCUGGUAGAGAGACCAGACGUAUCUCCCACUAAAUUGAACCGUGCUGUUCCCCAGGUGAGGCCCAAACAGUCCAACGGCCUCCUUAAGAAAGGCUUCACCCAGAGAGAGCUACUCAACUACCUCAACAUCACCAGAAAAGAGCCUAAAGCAAGCCACAGCAGUGACAGUAAGAAGGACAUUAUCUCCGGCUUCGCCUCUAUCAGUGGACAAGAGGAGGACGUGUACGCCAAGGUCUACCAUAAAGACGGCACCGAAGUUGAUUUGACAAAGAACUCACUACCAAGUGGGGGCAAGUAUGAAAAGGUUCGUUUCAGGUCUUCUGCCUUUAAGCCGGUCACCCCCAAAAACUUCAGCUCCAUGCAGAACUUGUAUCCGUCUUCCAAGUCGGAGGAUGUGGAUCACGGCCUUUCCAAUGGGCUGCACAGAGCUUACGCCCAUGUCCCUAAAGCUGUAUCCACCUCCUCUUCAUCUUCCUCACCCUCGCGUCAUGGAGGACCAACAUCCAGUGCUAACAAGGCAGUACGUGGGUUGAGCCAGGAGGAUGAUAACUUGUCAGACUCGGGCCAUAACUCCAUGAGCAGUCUGCCGCCAUACCGGCCCCCCUUCCGCCCACACCUGGCUCACAUCAGCGCGUCUAUGGGCCACAUCAACACCAUCGGCUCCCUGGACCGCACCUCUCUGGGCCAGAAGGCUGUUGGGUCGGGGGGUGUGGCCAUAGGGGAGAUGGCGUGUCGGAGCAUGGCGACCCUUAGUCGUCUGGCUCCAUAUAGUGGGGAUGCUCCACCUCCUUAUGAAUGGACACUCUCCUUGUCUGUUGAGGAAGUGGUGCGCGAUCUGGAGGAGCGCCUGGUGGAGAAAGAACAUGAGCUGAAACAGAUGAGGAGAAACCUGGAUGAGAGCGAGGGCGCAAUCGCUCAGGUGUUUGAGGGCAAACAGCGUCUGUGGGAGAAGGAGGUGGAGGAGCUGAAGCGCCUCUAUGCCGCCAAGCUCCGUCAGGUUUCCCAGCAUGCCCAGCGUUCCCAGCGCACCCUGCAGUUGCAGCUGUACAAAGCCCAGCAGGAUAAGACUCGACUGCAAGAGGAGCUCGACACUCUGAAAAGGGAAAAAAGCCAGGAGGCUGGAGCCACGGUGAAGCGAACCAGUCCAACCCUGGAGGAGACGCAGUGGGAGGUUUGCCAGAAGUCAGGGGAGAUCUCUUUGCUGAAGCAGCAGCUCAGGGACUCCCAGGCGGAGGUGACCCAGAAGUUGAGUGAGAUCUUCCAGCUAAAGACGCAGCUCAGGGAGACCCGCACAGACCUGCGCAACCGGGAGGUACAGAUAGACGCACUAAAGCUUGUCCUGCAGGGGACGCAGCGUCGCAGAUGCCCCUCUCAGACUGCCCAUGAAGAUGGAAAAGGAGCUGAAGAGAGUGCUCCAGCUGGGGCGACAGGAGGGUGCGGGGGACCUACAGAGGAGCGUCUGCGUGCAGAGCUACUGUUGGAGCGACGCCAGAGCGAGGCCCAGGCCAUGGCUUUCGAGGAAGAGAGGCAGACAUGGCAGACAGAAAAGGACAAAGUCAUCCACUACCAGAAGGAGCUGCAGGCCAGCUACUUAGAGAUGUACCACCGCAAUGAAGCGCUGGAGAGGGAACUGCACCAGCUGAGGGCAAGCAAAGAGCGAGUAGCAGGAGAAGGAGCAGGAGGAGGAGGAGGGAGCAGGAAUGGGACAUUAGAAAGAGAAGUGCCAGAGCUGAGGAGUGAAAGAGACGGGGAACAAAAAGAGGACAGACCUUCCUCUGGUCUGCCGUGGAUAGAGAGGAUUGAAUCAUCUGAAAUUUGAAUGUGUCAGACUCAUUUGCAAUGUAAACUGUUUUUGCCUGACCACGUCUGCCAGGAAAAGAAAA